AUGUCCACUGAUAUUGUAUAUGGCGAAGAGACUGCCAAAGAAUUUGCUCAACUUACACCGAAUGAAAGUGAAGAAAGAUUAAAAAUUAUCAUUCGAAAAAUUGAUAAAGAUAAUGAUGAAAGAAUUACGGAACUUGAAUUAAAAUCUUGGAUUGAAUAUGUAGCUAAGAAAUCUAAACAAAAUAGUACUGACCAACGGCUAAAAGAUACUGCUACAUCUGAGUCAUAUAAAGAAGCUGUGCAUCAUGAUCGACGACGAUGGGUUUCUGCUGACUUGGACAAAGAUGAUAGUUUAAACAAAUCAGAAUUCACUGAUUUUGUACAUGCUGAAGAUAGGCCAAAUAUGCGUGAUGCUGUUAUAGAUGAACUACUUGAAUCUGUGGAUAAGGACAAAGAUGGUUAUGUAUCUGAAAAAGAAUAUCUAGGAGAUUUAGCUCGUGCUUAUCAAAAUACACCAUUUGAUGAGAAUGAACCUGAAGCAGAAUGGGUUGAACGUGAACGUAGUCAAUUUCGUCGGUUUAGAGAUACAAAUCAAGACGGUAAAAUGGAUAGAGCAGAAGUUGGCGAAUGGAUAAUGCCAUCGAAUUAUGAUCCAAUAGAUGCUGAAACGAAACAUUUGUUUUAUCAUGCUGAUACUAAUAAAGACGGAUUAUUAACAGAAGCAGAAAUUAUUGCUAAACGAGAUACCUUUGUCAGCAGUCAGGCGACAAAUUAUGGAAAUGCACUGCAACAACAUGAAGAACUUGCUUUAUUGCAUGUUCAACUGGCUUCUGUUUUGUACUUGAAUAAUGCAGUUAGUAAAUGUGAAUUAAAUACAAAUCGUAUGCAUUAUCCAUUUACUAAUUUAUAA